CAUCACGCUGGGGUCUUUGCUCUGGGUCAGGGACAUCCCUACUAGAAAAGGGCAGUGACCCAACGCAGCUCAUGCCACAAGUGACCUUGUGCUGAUCCCUCUUCUGUCUUCCAGCACCUCACCUUUCCCCUGCUGUCAGUCACCCUCCUGGUGUCCUUUGGCUCCUCCAUGCUUUAUGGCUACAACCUGGCUGUGGUGAACUCGCCGGCGGUGCACAUAAAGGCUUUCUACAACACCACAUGGUCCCAGAGGUACGGGCACGGGCUGGCACCCGGCCCCCUCACCCUCCUCUACUCCCUGACUGUCUCUACCUUCUCCUUGGGAGGGCUGGUGGGCUCCCUGCUGGUGGGGGUGCUGGUGGAGCGCUAUGGCAGGAACGGUGCACUGAGCCGCAGCUCUCUCCUCGUCCUCCUCGCCGGCGGCUUCAUGGGCUUCAGCCGGGAGCUGGGGUCCCCCGAGAUGGUGAUCAUCGGCCGCUGCAUCACAGGGAUCCACUCAGGUAUCUGUCUCAGCGUGGUGCCCCUCUACCUGGGAGAAAUCGCCCCCAAGAACCUGCGGGGUUUCCUGGGGCUCGUGCCCAGCAUCUUCAUCUGCUUAGGGGUUUUUUCUGCUCAGGUCCUGGGCCUCCCGGAGCUGCUGGGUGAGGACAGGUUCUGGCCCCUUUUCCUGUCAGUGGUGGUCAUUCCCACCUCCCUCCAGCUCCUGCUGCUGCACUGCUUCCCCGAGAGCCCACGGUACCUGCUGAUAGAGAAGGAUGAUGUCUGCGGGACCACCAGGGCGCUGCGCCGGUUCCUGGGGACACCGGAUGUGCAGGAUGUGAUCGAGGAGAUGAAGGCGGAGCAGCAGUCGCUCUCCUCCAUGGACAUGGUCUCUGUGUGGCAGCUGCUGCGGGACCGCUCUGUGCACUGGCAAACGCUGUCGGUGGUGGUGGUGAACGCCGGCAUGCAGCUCUCGGGCAUCGAUGCUAUCUGGUUUUACACCAACACCAUCUUCGAGAACGCCGGGAUCCCCGUAUCCCAGAUCCCCUAUGCCACCGUGGGCACCGGCACCAUUGAAGUUGUCGCUGGGCUGAUAGGGUGUUUCACCAUUGAGAAGCUGGGCCGGCGGCCCCUCCUCAUCGCUGGCUUCUGCACCAUGGGCAUCUGCUUGGCUGGCAUCACCGUGUCCCUGUUGCUGCAGACCACCGUGCCCUGGAUGUGCUAUGUUGGCGUUGUCUGUGUGAUUGGCACCAUCGCCGGCUUCUGCAUAGGACCAGCCGGUGUCCCCUUCCUGAUGACAGCGGAGCUCUUCAUGCAGUCCCACCGCCCAGCUGCCUACAUUGUGGGGGGGUCCCUCAACUGGCUCUGCAACUUCACCAUUGGCUUCAUCUUCCCCUUCUUGCAGAUGUCAGCCGGUGCCUUUUGCUUCUUGGUUUUCUGUGGUGUCUGCCUGCUGGUGGCCCUGUACGUCUACCUCGUGAUCCCUGAGACCAAGAACAAAACCUUCAUGGAGAUCAGCCACAUCUUUGCCGCCCGCCGCUCCUUCCCCUCCAUCCCAGCCCACCUUCGGAUGAAGAAACUCGAUGGCUAUGGGGCCCUGGAGAGCAGCUCCCUGGAGGACAAAGGCUCCAGCCUCCCCUGAUGUGGGUGGGCUGGGAAGGGGACAGGGAUGGUGGAGGAGGAUUGGGGCUGAGGAGGGAAGUGGGGGGCAAUUUGCUUGGACUUGAUAAGCUCUGGUUCUCCUAGGGCAUCUCACCAUGGUGCAGCCUGGAGCCAUGGUUGCACCGACCAUGGUCCACCCUCACUGUGUUGGAAGAGAUGUCCUCCCGGAGGAGGGGGGUUCACAUCACUCCUGUGGACUUGCCAGGAGCUGCCUGUGUGAGCAGUUUAAUAAACAGCAUUGCCCUCAGA